UAAAACUAGUUUCACAGUCAGACGAUGGCGGUGUGACUUUCAGCUUACAGGAAACACCUUCAGUUUAUUCUCAUUCUUCAACUACCAGUAAGUCUGUCAACGCAAAAACAGGAAAGCACCUGCAGGACGCCCCCAAACACACUAUAGUAAUAAAUUAACUUGCCCCACUAUAGUAGCCCCAUAAUCAGAGUGAAGUGUCAGUUUGUUUCUCUUCAUUAGUCAUUUUAUUAUUUAUUUUAAUCACUGAAAAAGUUGGAGAUUUGGGCAACGUUUCACAAGCCUUGAACCGGUCUACCACAAUAGAGCCUGAAGUAAAAGACAUAGCUGGAGAAAAAAUGCAAAUUGUUUUUUUCUCUUUGCUGGUGAUAGUUAUGUGUAAAUGUAUAAACAACUGUAAUCACUAGUGGUAGUUAAUAACUGGCUAAACACCUUGGAAUAUUAUCGUAAACCUUAAGCUCAGAGAUUACAUUGGAUAUAAACUGUAGUCUGACACAUAAGCCCACAAACUUUCGAUCUCUAGAUCAGCUCAAAUGUGCUAUGUUGUUCUUGAUGUUGUGAGGAAGGAUGUGCUGGUUAGAUGUGCGUAUUUUUCUGUGUUUUGGGCUUCCUGUUAGCAUAUCACAUUAGUUUCCUCUUCUCACUAAGUACCUGAGAUACUGAGACUAGAGUGAAAGUCCUGGACAUUGAUUUUGUACCAGCACAUACAGGAGCCACAGCUGACCUCGGGAUAUUUUCCCCCAUCAAUGUCAUCAAGGCCGAGAAACUGCAACUAUUGAACCACCGGCCUCAGACAGCGGUGGAAAUUCAGCUAGUAGGAAAGAUGGGUAAGAGAUGUGGCUGGCUGUGGAGAGCAGCAGGCCUGGAUCCUGCUCUCCGACACCAGGGCUGAGGGGCUGCAGAGGAGCGAGGAGUCUCCCCAGCUCGCACCUGAAAAUCACGCCCAGACUCCACCCUCCUGGCCUCCAUCGGGCCUCAUAAUUUUCUUUGACUGACCUUCACUGAGAUUUAAGAAGUAGAUUUAAUCACAUCUGAUUCCAGCCACCAGCCUCCUCAGCUGCCCCUAAAGACCGUUUUUUGUCCUCUUGACUCUCUCAAACACGACCAGCAAUCAUGAGGAACACCAGAUCGAGCCUGCUGCUGGGUUGCGUGCUGCUCUGCUCCGCCUCCCUGCUCUACCUGGGCAUGAGCGGGACAGAGUGCCCUCCGAAAAGCCAUCGGUACCGCUGGAUGGAGCUCACCCUGGGCUCAGCCAAUCAGAGCCUGUCUCUGAUGGAACACUUUCCCGAAGACACGCCCCUCAUCUUCAUCGGAGGUUUCCCCAGGAGUGGCACCACGCUGAUGCGUGUCAUGCUGGACGCACACAAUGCCGUGCGGUGUGGAGAAGAGACCCGAGUGAUUCCCCGCCUCUUGACCAUGCGGGCCACCUGGAGCCGCUCGGUUAAGGAGAGGAUACGACUGGACGAGGCCGGCGUCACUGACCAGGUGCUGGACGCGGCCGUGCGAGCGUUCCUGUUAGAGGUGAUAGUCGGCCAUGGGGAGCCCGCUCCUCGCCUCUGCAACAAGGAUCCGUUCGCCUUGAAGUCUCUGUCAUAUCUGUCGCACAUCUUCCCCAAAGCCAAAUUUGUGCUCAUGCUACGAGACGGACGAGCGACCGUCCACUCCAUGAUAUCUCGUAAGGUGACCAUCUCUGGCUUCGACCUGACCAGCUACAGGGACUGUCUGACCAAGUGGAGCAGUGCGGUGGAGACCAUGUUCACCCAGUGCCAGGCGGCGGGGGAGGCCAGAUGUCGUCCCGUACGCUACGAGCAGCUCGUCCUCCACCCAGAGGAGGAAAUGAGGAAGUUGCUUCACUUCCUCGAGCUGCAGUGGGACCCGUCAGUGCUGCACCAUGAAGAGCUGAUUGGAAAGGCCGGUGGCGUGUCUCUGUCCAAGGUCGAGCGUUCCACAGAUCAGGUGAUGAAGCCGGUCAACACCGACGCCCUCUCCAACUGGGUGGGGCACAUUCCCCCUGACGUGCUGAACGACAUGGCUGAAAUCGCUCCCAUGCUGGCUCGCCUGGGCUACGACCCCCACGCCAACCCUCCGGACUACACGAGACAAGAACCCAUGAUGUCUCCGUUCAACUACUCACAGAGUACGAAAGCAUCAGAAAAUCCACAUCCCAGUUAAACAACAAGAGGAGAAUGCUGUGAACUCGGCUCCGCUGUUCCACGACAUGGAUGCACCUUAAACAGACUUCCGGUUCAGCAGUAAACGCACCUCACAGGGACAUUUUCUAAAGUGUAUUUUUGAAUCGUUUGUAAGACUUGUGUGACGGUGUUAAUGUCUGUACACGGGUGUUUAAAUACGGACUCAUCAUGUUUUGUGGGGUUUUGAUCUCAACUCUUGCAUCAUGUGGACUACCUGCUCAGGGAAGUUCGCUGCUUCUCACACGCCAACGUCUCCUCCACGGUGAAACCGACAGUGAUACACUGCAUUUUUUGACGUGCCCUCUCACCUCGUACCUGAAAGUAUUUCAACAUGUCUGUCAGUUGUUUCAACUUCACCACAAAUGUGAAUGUGUCUUUAGAUGAAUCUUUCACUCACUGAGACUCAGUCAGUGUUCAUGAAGCAUAAUGACUGUAUAUUUUUGAAGACGUAUGUUUAUUUUCUUAAUAAAUUAUUUUGGUGUUGGACCAUUCAUUCAGGAUUUUGAAGUUGUUCAUUCUGAAUUGAGGCUUUUUAAUCGUUGUAUACUGUUGAACAUGAAUAAAAGCCUAAAUGUCUCCUUGUAAAA